AUGUGGUUCAAUCGCAUAACGAGUAAAGAACGGACCAAUGCGGAUUAUGAUAAUGAUCAUGGUAAAGCAGAACGUAAGGUACUUAGAUUACGAGGUGGAUGUUGUACCGACUCAGCUUUCGAACUAGAUCAAGAUCGCAAAUAUGGAGAAUACGGUAAGAAGAUUCGAAAUAGGGAUGACACCCAAGUCGAUGGCACGGUACAUAAACAUCGGCAUAGGGCAGGAGGUAGGAAUGGCGCUAUUGCGGGGGCAGUAGCUGGAGGAGGAGGAGGAGGUGGUGGUGGUGGUGCAGGGGGCGGAGGAGGUUGCUAG